CGGCCGCCGCCCGCCGGGGACCCCGCCGGGACCGCUGCCCUGCCGCGCGGAAAGGAUGCCGUCGCCCGACCUGGAGGAGCGUGAGCGCCGCCGGAGCUGCCGGAGGGACCUUCUUCUGAGCCAGGUCUGCUUCCUGGCCCUGGUGGCGCUGCUGCUCUGGUCGCUGUCGAGCAUGCGGGACCACGACGACCUGAGCUUCAUGGACUUCAUUGGGCAAGACACACAGUGGACCGUGGGGAGGAAGUUAAUGCAGGUGAAUGACUCGCUAACUUCAGAAGAUGCAGGACCACGGAGCAGCAAGAACUGCACUGAACCAGCCCUGCACGAGUUCCCCAAUGACAUCUUUACCAACGAGGACCGAAGACAGGGGGCAGUGGUCCUUCACGUGCUUUGUGCCAUGUACAUGUUCUACGCGCUGGCCAUUGUGUGUGAUGACUUCUUCGUCCCCUCCUUGGAAAAGAUCUGUGAGCGCCUGCACCUCAGUGAGGAUGUGGCGGGAGCCACAUUCAUGGCGGCCGGCAGUUCGGCCCCGGAGCUGUUCACGUCGGUCAUAGGAGUCUUCAUCACCAAGGGUGACGUGGGCGUGGGGACCAUCGUGGGCUCCGCUGUGUUUAACAUUCUGUGCAUCAUCGGCGUCUGUGGGCUCUUCGCGGGGCAGGUCGUGGCUCUCUCCUCCUGGUGCCUGCUGAGGGACUCCAUUUACUACACGCUGUCCGUGGUCGCGCUCAUCGUGUUCAUUUAUGAUGAACAAGUUUCCUGGUGGGAGUCUUUGGUCCUCGUGUUGAUGUAUCUCAUCUACAUUGUCAUCAUGAAAUACAACGCCUGCAUACACCAGUGCUUCGAGAGGAGGACCAAGGGGGCCGGAAACAUGGUCAAUGGCUUGGCCAACAACGCCGAAAUGGACGACAGCGGCAACUGCGACGCAACCGUGGUGCUACUCAAGAGAGCCAAUUUCCACCGCAAAGCAUCAGUGAUCAUGGUAGACGAGCUGCUGUCGGCCUACCCACACCAGCUUUCUUUCUCUGAGGCUGGUCUUCGAAUCAUGAUCACCAGCCACUUCCCCCCCAAGACCCGACUCUCCAUGGCCAGUCGCAUGUUAAUCAAUGAGAGACAGAGACUGAUAAACAGCAGGGCUUAUGCCAAUGGAGAGUCCGAGGUGGCCAUCAAGAUCCCGAUUAAGCACACGGUGGAGAACGGGAUGGGGCCCAGCGGCGCCCCGGACAGAGGCACGAGCGGGACGCGGAGGGACGAGGUCGUCGCGGAGGCCGGUGACGAGACGGAGAACGAGAAUGAGGACAACGAGAAUAACGAGAACGAUGAGGAGGAGGAGGACGAGGAGGAUGAGGAAGGGCCAUACACGCCCUUCGACCCCCCGUCUGGCAAACUGGAAACAGUGAAGUGGGCGUUCACCUGGCCCCUGAGCUUCGUCUUGUACUUCACCGUCCCCAACUGCAACAAGCCCCGCUGGGAGAAGUGGUUUAUGGUGACCUUCGCUUCGUCCACGCUGUGGAUCGCAGCCUUCUCCUACAUGAUGGUGUGGAUGGUCACGAUCAUCGGCUACACGCUGGGGAUUCCUGACGUCAUCAUGGGGAUCACCUUCCUGGCAGCUGGAACCAGCGUGCCCGACUGCAUGGCCAGCCUCAUUGUGGCCAGACAAGGCAUGGGGGACAUGGCCGUGUCCAACUCCAUCGGGAGCAAUGUUUUUGACAUCCUCAUUGGGCUCGGUCUCCCCUGGGCACUGCAGACCCUGGCUGUGGAUUAUGGAUCCUACAUUCGACUGAACAGCCGGGGGUUGAUCUACUCCGUGGGCUUGCUCCUGGCCUCCGUCUUCGUCACGGUGUUUGGCGUCCACCUGAACAAGUGGCAGCUGGACAGGAAGUUGGGGUGCGGCUGCCUUUUCCUCUAUGGCGUGUUCCUGUGCUUCUCCAUCAUGACGGAGUUCAACGUGUUCACCUUUGUGAACCUGCCCAUGUGCGGGGACCACUGACCCGCGGCCGCGCCCAGCUCGGCCCCUCCUUCUGUGCAAUACAAGCGGGCGCCCGAGUCCGCCUCCGCCGCCCGCGGGCCUCCGCUCCCCCGACCUCUCCAGGGGCCCUGGCCCUACCCCUCCCACCCUCCUGACCCGCCAGCCCCGGACCCCCACCCCGACUCCAGCUCUGCCCUCCAGCACGUGAAGGCUCCCGACCUCCGCGUGAAUUUUCAAGCCCCAUUUUUGAACAGUGACUGAGAUUCUAGAAAAACUGGCUGCUAACUGGCCCGAGCCAGGCAAACUUAGUAUAUACCCCUCCUCCUUUUUUAAGUUAUUGGAUGGAAGGCCGGCCUCAUGUAUGAGCCGAGACUGUGGCGAAGAGAGAGGAGAGGGUCCACGCAUGACAGGGAGCGUUUGGGAUUUUCCUUAUGUUUGGGGCUGAUUUCUAGGUUCCUGAGUCUGGGGGUUGUUUGGUUUGGGGGGCUCCCCCUUUUCUUCCUUUCCUUCCAGAGAUGGAGACUUUUUUCCUCGCAUCUUCUCUCACCGGGCCCUGGAUCCUCGCUGAUCCACCGGGCGUCCCAGCUGCGUCCUCUGGGGUCGAGUCCCAGUCGCGUUGGAGCUUGUGUGGAUUUAGCGCCCGUCAGAGGAGCGGCUGGAGAGGCCCCUGGACAAACUCCUUCUCGUCACACCGGGGGGCCUGCCCUGAGGCCCUGGGUUUUCCAGGAAGAAGACAGCUGCCCGCCUGUCCAUUCUGACCAUCACUCUCUCCCCAGUUCUUUCUAGCCUCUCAAGCAAUAGUUGAAGCCUGCCUGCCCCGGUUAAUCUCUCCAUCCUGAGCACCAGGCAGCCGGCGCGGCAGGUGCCUCCCGCCCGAGACUCUGAGACUGCUCUUGGUUUGGUGUUUGGGGGGGCAGGGAGUGUGACCCGGAGGCAGGAGUUACAGACACUGGUUUCUCGGGAAGUGGAGAAGCGCACUUUGCACAGACACCGCCCCUCGUACUGAGUACACUGGACCCUGACCGCCGGCUCAAAGGCCAGCGUCCUUCCUCACAGUCGCCGAGCCCAGCUGCCCCAGCACCCCGCUCCCUUCCCCGGGGGUGGGGAGGGGGCACAGGAAGGGGGAACAGAGCUGACACCUUGGAAACGCAGAACGUGUUGGAUGCAGACUCGCUCAAGGGCGUGUUACUGUGGAUGUUGUUAUCAAUCGCUGCUCGGCAGCUCUGCUAGGUUCUGUCCGACGCUGAAUUACUCCGCAGACAACUCCACGGAGUUGAGACCCACCCAUGCUUGUUCACUUGUAUUUAUUGAAACUGUGGAUUCUCGCCCCGUGCUGCCCCAUGUAUUUACUUUAAGCACUGGUCACCUAUUCAUUCAGUAUGGUUUUCCCCUUCCCCUGUACACACUCUGGUAUGAAUUGUAAAAAUAACCUGUUACAAAUGGGUUGAAUGUUUCUGUCCAUGGUGCCCACCGAGGCCGGCCUUGGCCGAGGGGCACCUGCUGGCCGGAGGAGCGGGAGAGGGAAUCACCACUUCGGGCUUUCGGAGCUGAGACACACUUACAGAUUCUGUUACACAUUUUGCACUGGUUUUACGGAGAUUGUUUUCUUGGACGGAUAGUGUAAAAUAAACUCUGUUCUGUAUCUUUC